UAGUGUGAUAACGUUUGACAGUUUAAUGUCAAAAGAAAUUAGUUUAUUUUGAUGUGUUUUCUACACAGAAAAGAAAGUUUAUGUAAUAUAUUUGAGAAAGAACUAAUUACCUCUGUGCAAUUUUUAGUAAUAAAAGAGGGAAAGUUUGGAAAGUCCAAAAGAAAAUGAGCCAGAGCCAAAGGUCCAGAGUAAUUGAAAUUUACAAGAAGUUGCAGUACAUGGGCAGGGAGUAUCCAGGAGGUCCUGAGAAAUUUAGAACGCGGUGCCAUGCAGCUUUUGCCAGGAAUGCCGGAGAGACUGAUCCCCAGAAAAUUGAGGAGUUGAUUAAGAGGGGAGAAUUUGUUAUUGAAGAACUUAAAGCUCUCUACAGCCUUAGGAAGUACAGGGCUAUGAAGAGGAGAUAUUAUGAAGAUAAAUGACCCAAUAUUUUGUUAAAAGGCUAUGUGAUAAUCAAAAUAAACUGUUAAAUAUUUGUCAUAAUGUUUAUAUUUCUUUUUAGUAUAAUAUAUUUUACACCAGAGAAAAAACAAUCUACUUAUCAACAAAGUAAUAGUUUUCAUCAUUUUUUUUCAUGUCUUUCAUCUUACCUCAAUUUUUUUCUUCAUUUCUUGUAAUCAUAAAUUUAUAAGUUUUAAUGAUAAUUUAUUAUUGUUUAUAUUUUUUCUUUCAAUAAGUACAUAAUGUUUUUUUUGUUAUAUAUUCAUAUUUUUGGUAUAUAUAUUUUUUCAUUUUAAUUUUAUUUUCUUGCACAUUUAAAUUCUUCAUCACUGUGCUGCGCUACAUUUAAUAUUUGUGAGAUUUUUCAUUUCUUGUUUGUUUUCUUUAUCAAUCUUCUGGUUAUUUUGCAUUAUUUUUUGUAUCUUUUUGGUAAUACUUUUACAUUCCUCUUUAGCUUUAUUUUUUUUGCACCACAUUCGUCGGGAAAAUCGUUCACUUUUUUGUGUUUCUUUGUUUUUUGGUUUUAAUGGGAUGAUUUUUAAAGAAACGGUGAGUUUUCGGGGUUUCUUGUGGUGUUUAGCACGUAAAUCUAAUGCUUAUUUAUUUAAUUAAUUAAUGGAGAAUUAUUGUGAUUUUAAAAUCGGGAUAUCAGCAUGAGAUAAAAUGGCUUGAUAAGGAAAUAAUCUUGCACUUGUAAUUGUAUUUUUUU